UUCACCUGAAUUGUAAAAUCACACCAAAAACAAUGGCAGAAUUUUCAAGAAACUGCAGGCCAUGAAUUUAUAUACACGCAGGAUAUAGAGAAUUUACCAAGAAACAGACUAUCAACCUUAAUUUUCUCGGUUGCUGCCAUUGAUGGGUUCUACCAUAGACGGUAUUGAAGUUAAAAAUUUUAUUAACUCAGAGCUUUACAAUGCUCUGAUGAUCCAGGAGGACGAGAAGAGGGUGAUUGAUCUCUGCAGAAAGAUUCCCGAUCAUGCGUUGCACAUAUUGACAGUCCAUGAUGAUUCAUUACUGCAUAUGGCAACUUAUUCAAAAAAAAGUGAUUUAGUGGUGAAGCUACUUGAAGAGUUGCCUGACCAGUAUCUUGAUAAAAUGACCCGGCAAAAUAAAGCUGGAAACACAAUCCUUCACGAGACUGCAACGAGCAACCAUGCUCUCCCUGUUGCCGAAAAAGUGUUGAAGAGAGCUCCCGGGUUGUUAUGCAUACGUAACAACAAUGGCGAGACAGCUCUCUUUCGUGCUGCGCGUUAUGGGAAAGCUGACAUUUUCAAUUUUCUUGCUGGGAAAAUCUGUAAUUAUGAUCAAGCCAGUAAGCUGCCGUUUUUUCAGAGGACAGAUAAAACCACUGUUCUUCACAUUGCUAUUCUUUCUCAACACUUUGGUUUGGCCCUGCAAAUUGCAAAGGAAUAUAAGUUUCUAAUCGGCGAGCAAGAUGUGGAUGGGAUGACUAGUCUUCAGCUUCUCUCAUGCAAGCCAGAAGCUUUUCAUCGCAAACGUGAAGAUGGAUUUCUCGAGAAAAUCGUCAAUUAUGUUAAAUUUAGUUGCAUUUUGAGUUGGAGACAAGAUAUUCAACAGGAAAAGCACCAAUAUCAAUCAGCUAUUGAGCUUGCCAAUUUUUUGAUUAAAAGAGACACCUCGUGGGAGCUUACUUAUUCUAUCCAAGAUCAGAGUAGGCCUAAGAUACACAAAUACGGGCGUGCUAAUAUAGAACCUUCUUCUACCAAUAUCGUCAGCCCAACAGGAAAUAUCGAUGCAGAAACUCCUCUGUUUUUAGCAACAAAGUCAGGAUGUCUAGAGAUUGUUAAAGAAAUACUUAAAACAUACCCUCAAGCAGUCGAACAUAUUGAUGAUGAAGGACGAAAUAUACUUCAUGUAGCCAUCAAGUAUCGCCAGUUAGAGAUCUUUGAGCUUGUAAGACAACUGGAAGUGCCAAUGCGAAGACUAGUACGAAAGAUUGACAACAAUGGAAACACAAUAUUGCACAUGGUUGGUGUGAAAAUAAAAGAUUUUGUACCCGAAAAGAUGGAAGGACCGGCUCUGGUAUUGCAGGACGAAUUGCAUUGGUAUCAGCGAGUCAAGGACGUGAGUGUGCCGCAUUUUAUGAAUCACCAGAACAGUUUGAGGCUCACUCCAGAAGCCUUAUUUGCAUCUUCAAAUGUUGACCUUCGUCUCAUAUCCAAAGAAUGGUUAAAGCACACAACAGAAGGGUGCUCAGUGGUGGCAAUUCUAAUUGCAACCGUGGCCUUCGCCGCUGCAUACACAGUCCCGGGAGGUUCAAACGAGAAUACUGGUUUUCCGGUCCUCAUAAACGAACCUUUCUUUGUGGUUUUUACCAUAUCCGACGUUCUCUCUUUAACAUUCUCUUUGGCGUCCGUGCUUAUGUUUCUCUCAAUUCUUACAUCUCCAUUUAGAUUAGAAGACUUCAAGAACUCUCUUCCUAAUAAAAUGAUUCUGGGCUUCACGUUUCUGUUCCUUUCCGUUUGCCUGAUGAUGAUAGCAUUUGCAGCAACGAUUUUGCUCAUGAUAAAAAAUAAAGAAAGUUGGGCGAAAAUCGUGCUUUACACUUGCUCUUUUAUCCCAGUUGCGAUAUUUGCUCUAUCGUAUUUUCCUGUGUAUGUAGUGACAUCAAUAACAAGAGGUUGCAAAUACUUAGCCAACAAGGGAAAACAGUUGAUUCCUCGGAGUUUCUCCAAAUCCCGAACUCCUUCUUCCAUUCCAUAUUGAUCUCCACCGCAAAGGCUACUUUCAUCAGAAGCUCAACGUAAUUAACUUAUUAUCAUGUAUGUAUUGGUUUGAAUAUCUCUUUAGUCUUUACUGCAUUGAUAUAUGUAUGUUUAGAACUCUUCAGAAUUAUUAUUUUUAU